AUGGCGCAUCUCUAUGAGCUGGCAGAGAGCUUAACGGCCAAGCCCAACUACGUCGACGGUAUCAAGCGCAAUGACGACUCCAAUUUCCCGCCCACGGAGGUUUUCCAAGGGUUCAACCGCCCGUCGCGAAUUGAAGGCGAUGUCUGCAACCUCGCAGUAACAGGAAAGAUCCCCGAGGAUAUUGACGGCACCUUCUUCCGCAUCCAACCGGAUCACCGUUUCCCCCCCGUAUAUGAGUCAGAUAUCCACUUCAACGGCGAUGGCAACGUGACGGCCAUCCGCCUCUGCGGCGGUCGCGCACACUUCAAGCAGCGGUAUGUCCACACCGAUCGCUAUCACCACGAGACAAAACACAACAAGGCGCUUUUUGGCAAAUAUCGCAAUCCCUACACCGACAACGAGGCUGUCAAGGGGGUGAUUCGGACCGCCGCCAACACGAACAUCACGUUCUGGAGAGGCAUGUUGCUAGCCACAAAGGAGGAUGGGCCGGCCUAUGCGAUGGAACCUGACACGCUGGAGACGAUCGGCCGCUACGACUUUGAAGGGCAGGUGCAGAGCCCCACGAUGACGGCACACCCCAAAUUUGACCCGAAGACGGGGGAAAUGAUCUGCUACGGGUACGAGGCUGGGGGGGACGGCAACGAUGGGUCUCGAGAUAUUGUGGUGUAUACGAUAAGUGCUGAUGGCAUCAAGACGGAGGAAUGCUGGUACCAAGCGCCCUUUUGCGGCAUCAUCCACGAUUGCGGGGUCAGCGACAACUGGGUGGUCCUGCCGAUGACGCCGUUGAAAUGCGAUCCGGAACGCCUAAAACGAGGGGAGAACCAUUGGGCAUGGGAUCCCAACGAGGAUCAAUGGUACGGGCUUGUGCCGCGUCGGGGAGGAAAGUCGGAAGAUAUUCGAUGGUUCCGGUCCAAGAAUGCCUUCCAGGGUCACACUGUCAGCUGCUACGAAACGCCCGAUGGAAAGGUCGUGUUCGAUCUGACCAUCGCCGAUGGCAACGUAUUCUUCUGGUGGCCUUCUGUCGACACGCCCGCGGGCACCGUGGCCAAGCGCAACAAGCUGCAAAACAAAACCACGCGCUGGAUUCUCGAUCCCGAAGCCGCCACCAACACGUGGGUCGAGCCGGUUGAGGAGCGCGCCGAUUCAGGAGAAUUCUCGCGGAUUGACGACCGCUUCGUCACGAUGAAGUACAACCACUACUGGCAGGCCGUAAUUGACGCGACAAAACCGUACGACUUCGCUAAAUGUGGAUCGCCAGCUGGUGGAUUAUUCAACACGUUAGGCCACUUUACGUGGGAUAACUCGACCACCGAGACCAUAUGGGCCGGACCUUGCGCCACUUUCCAAGAGCCGGCCUUUAUCCCUCGGGCGGGCAGUACCGAUGAAGGUGACGGCUACCUUAUCGCCUUGCUAAACCACCUGGAUGAGUUACGGAAUGAUGUGUGUAUCUUCGAUGCGCGACACAUCGCUCAAGGGCCCCUGGCGGUCAUCCACCUCCCGUUCAAACUGCGCCUGGGGCUACAUGGGAAUUUCGUGGAACAACGCGAGAUUGUCGCGUGGAAAGAAAAACGGGAAAGAGGAUUGGGGCCUGUCAAACCAGCGACGGGGCCGAUGCUGUGGCAAGCAGGUGUAGAAAGUCAGAAAUAA